AUGCUAAGUUGCGCGCAAAAUGUGGCACUGUGGCCCCUCAACUUCAACAACUACCAGAAUGCUAUUCUUGAGGUUCUAUGGAACAAACUCAUGGAGAGCGCGGUAGAACCAAUGCAAGCGCCGGUGCCAUACCUGAUCAAUUUCGCGGAAGAUUGCUUGCUUUGCGCCAUCGUGAUGCUGCGGAGCAAGUACGAUCCAGAGGACCUAGCAUCUGAUGAUGAUUUCCCUGUAUCGUUAGAGCAAGAAGCCACCUAUGAAGGGGAACCGAUUGGCCUCGUGUACGUCACUGCUGCCCCUGCACAGAGCGCAGCCCAAGAAGCCAAUGUCGGGCUCAUCAUCUCUGAAUGCCAUCAACACAAGGGGUUCGCUCGCGAAGCCUUGGAGCUUGCGCUUAAAUGGGCUUUUGAAGACCUCAAGUUCCAUCGUAUCCAAGCAGCGCUCAUGAAUGACGCCCAGAAAGACCGCAUAAUGCGUCUUUUCGUGGGACAGGGGUUUACGCACGAAGGUACUCGACGGCGUGCGGUAUUAAAGCAGGAGAGACUGGGUGUGGUCGGUGUCUGGAAAGACGUCACGUACCUUGCGAUGCUUGAUACGGAGUGGGCGCUUAGGGGUAUGGUGAAGCAUAGAGUUUCGGUGCCGACGUUGUGGGAUGAGAUGUUCGCGCGACAUGCGAGGGAGAGAGAGGAGAUGGUGAGGUGGGACGAGGAGCAUCAUAGGAUCAGGAAGACAUCGAGCACGGAAACAUUGCGCGAGGGGAACAAU